ACGGUCGGCUUAGGACCACAGCUUGGUGGAGAAUAGCUCAAAAGUGUUACAGUUGGAUAAAAUUGAAAGUUUAUAAAAAUAAGUCUUAAGUGCUUAAAAGACCUAAACAUAUAUAUAAUUUUCUUAAAAAAAGUCUAACAAAUGCUUUGAAAAAAGUACUUUCUGUCGAACAGUUAACAUUUAAAUCAAAAUUGUUUAAAUUAAAAUUUGUUUCUCAUUCGAAAUAACAAUUUUUCCAAAUGUGCAACGUUUUACGGUUUUUGAGAAUUUUGUACACCUUACGCAACAUUGUGUGAUUUAUUUUUGUUCGUAAAAUUUAUGUAUAUUUGACAAUAAUACGAUGUGCGUAAAAGCGACAUUCUGAAAAUGCUUCCAGAAUAGCUAUAAUUUGACGUUAGAAAAUAAAGAUUUAGAGUGCGGCGUCGACGAAGGAGAGGACAUCGCCUUGGCGAUGUCACCGACCGGACAGAUAGCUAAGACACCAACACCACGUGACGAAGCAGAUAGUGACGAUCAGCGUGAGACAUGGAGCGGCAAAGUCGAUUUUUUACUAUCAGUUAUUGGAUUCGCAGUCGAUUUAGCAAACGUUUGGCGAUUUCCAUAUUUAUGCUACAAAAAUGGCGGUGGCGCUUUUCUGGUACCGUAUUGUAUUAUGUUGCUAGUAGGUGGUAUACCAUUAUUUUACAUGGAGUUAGCAUUGGGCCAACAUAACCGUAAGGGUGCCAUUACAUGUUGGGGACGUUUAGUGCCGUUAUUUAAAGGAAUCGGUUAUGCAGUGGUGCUGAUUGCUUUUUAUGUUGAUUUCUAUUACAAUGUUAUAAUCGCUUGGAGUUUACGUUUCUUCUUCGCCUCAUUCACAAAUAAUCUGCCCUGGACGUCGUGUACGAAUCCAUGGAACUCAGACUAUUGCAAACCGUUUGAAGUUCAACAAAAUACAAUCGUUCCCAUGCAACCCACCAUUCAACCGCUAAAUAUAUCUAUGAACUUCACCGAUUUCGCAUUUGACAAUCAGUCCGUAUUGAGUUACAACGAAAAUAAAACUUUGGAAAGUACAACGACAACAGAGCGAUUUCAUUCCGCAGCAUCCGAAUAUUUCAACCGCUAUAUACUGGAAUUGAAUCGCAGUUCAGGAUUAGAUGACCUCGGCCCAAUUAAAUGGGAUAUGGCCGUUUGCUUGCUAGUCGUCUAUCUCAUCUGUUAUUUCUCCUUGUGGAAAGGCAUUAGCACGUCUGGUAAGGUUGUGUGGUUCACGGCGCUCUUUCCGUAUUGUGUGCUGUUGAUAUUGCUCAUACGUGGCAUUACACUGCCUGGAUCCGCCAUGGGUAUAAAAUACUAUUUGAAUCCAAACUUUGACGCUAUCUACAAAGCGGAUGUGUGGGUAGAUGCGGCGACACAGGUGUUCUUCUCAUUGGGACCUGGUUUCGGUGUGCUUUUGGCGUACGCGUCAUACAAUAAAUACCACAAUAAUGUCUACAAAGACGCGCUACUAACGAGCUGCAUCAAUUCGGCUACCAGUUUCAUUGCUGGCUUUGUGAUAUUCUCCGUGCUUGGCUAUAUGGCCCACACAUCUGGACAAAAUAUUGAAGAUGUCGCCACCGAGGGUCCGGGUUUGGUAUUCGUCGUUUAUCCAGCAGCCAUUGCCACAAUGCCGGGCAGCACUUUUUGGGCUUUGAUAUUUUUCAUGAUGCUUCUAACCUUGGGUUUAGAUAGUUCCUUUGGCGGUUCUGAGGCCAUUAUAACGGCUUUAAGUGAUGAAUUUCCAAAGAUCGGCAAGAAUCGUGAGAUCUUCGUUGCCAUUCUCUUCUCGCUCUACUUCAUUGUGGGCUUGGCCAGCUGCACUCACGGUGGUUUCUAUUUCUUUCAAUUACUGGAUCGCUAUGCCGCUGGUUACUCAAUACUUGUAGCGGUGUUCUUCGAGUCAAUCGCGGUGUCGUGGAUUUACGGCACAAAUCGCUUUUGCGAAGAUAUACGCGACAUGAUCGGCUUUCCACCAGGCAAAUACUGGCAAAUUUGUUGGCGCUUUGUAGCGCCACUUUUCUUACUCUUCAUUAUAGUUUAUGGGCUGAUCGGUUAUGAACCGUUAACAUAUGAAGACUACACAUACCCAGUGUGGGCCAAUACGUUGGGUUGGUGUAUAGCGGGCUCCUCGGUGAUGAUGAUACCGGCGGUGGCUAUUAUCAUGAUGCUCAAAACACCGGGCACCAUCAAGCAGCGCUUAAAAAUACUCACCACACCUUGGCGCGAUCAGCAAGUCUCAGUUAACGGUGUGACGGCGGAGGCAACACAAGUGCGGCUCACCGACGCCAAAGAGGGUGCUGAGGUCUGAGAUCAGCCAUUUGCAAGAUUCAAAGUGUAUUAUGUGUGAUUCUGUUGCACCAUUUUUGCAAUAGUUAAGCGGAAAGUCUGCUAUAUUAUUAAAGUUCUUGUGUUUUUUGCCAAAAUUGUGUCCCGUACACAUUUAUACAUAUAUACUAUAUAUGUAUGUAUUUACCUGCGUAUGUAAUUUGAUCACUAGUUAAUGUUCACAUGAAAUUAGGGAAUUAGUUUUUAAGUAUUUGAUAGUGUAUAAAAGUAAAUAAAUGAAUUGUUAGUAGUGUAAUUAGAAAAUAACCACAAAUUUUGUACACUUAUACAAAUGCAAAUUUCACAAACAACGUAAUUUACUUAGGUUUCGCUGGCAUACAGACUCGUAUGAAAGCUGCACAGCAAGCAAAAAGCUGCAAACAAUCAUUGCAAUACUUACAAGCCAAAAUGCAUACAUAUGUAUUGGUGCAUGUAGUGGCAUAUAGGCAGUGAGAGACCCCAACCAGAAAACUGUUUGUACUUAUAUAUAUAAAUUAAGUACAUAUGUACAAGUGUGUACAUAAAUAUAAGCAUGCAUGUGUAAAUGCUUGAGUCUAAAGAAAAUAUGGAAAUUAUGUAUGUAAGUGCAUUUGUUGUUGCAGUUGUAGUUUAUAACAUUAUAAAAACUCAUUAAUACAAACUUCUGUAUAUACAUACGUACAUGUAUGUAGUAAAAAUGUAUGAUUUUUAAGAUGCUGUGUAGAUAAUAUUAGAAUUGAAAGGUUGGAACGUGCCGAGUUACAGGUGUUACAAUAAUAAAUAAUAAAAAAAUUAAAAUGGUUUACAAUAACAAAUAUGUAU